CAAAGGUCAAGACAGAAUGACUAAAAUCCUCUCUCUAGAUUUUUAUAGAGUCAAACUAAAGGCCAGGGAAGACACUCCCCACCUGAUAACUCAAUUUUAAAGUGUUGUUUCUUUUGUAGUCUUUUCUUAGAACUUGGUUUUCCCAUAAGUAGGUGUCAGAGCCUAAGCUAUUUUGAAGCUCUUAGAAUUAAUGAGAGGAUAUGCGAAUCCCCACAGGGUGGAUGCAGAGGGCUGGCUAGCUGAUACCCACCCUGGGAACAGUCUCUGUGUUUCUGUGAGAUGUGUGAGGAUGUUUUGGAUAUACUAAGCAAUGCCCAUGUGCCCUUCCUUUAGGUGUCCUGUGCUCUGAGUUCACACAAUGCCCCGAGAAGAAGUUCACUUCGGUUAUCCCAGGAAGGGGCACAGCCACUCUUAUAUCACUGCUGAAGAGGCCGCAGGGAUUGGCAUCCUGGUUGUAGCCCUGGGGAUUGCUCUGCUAAUCGGCUGCUGGUAUUGCAGAAGACGAAGUGGAUACAGAGCCUUGACGGACAAAAGGCGUCAUGCUGGUACUCAAAAUACCUCCAGGGAAAGAUGCUUAUGUGAGAGUCUUGAUCACCAAGACAGCCGACUGUCUUCUCAAGAAAAAAACCACCAACCUGUGGUUCCCAACGCUCCACCUGCCUAUGAGAAGCUCUCUUCAGACCACUCGCCACCACCAUAUUCACCCUGAGAGCCGAGAAGCUGCUAAGAAUUCUGAAAGUUUCCUUCAUGCUUUCGCUUUAAGGCUGAGUAGAUGCCCAUGUUUUGCUUUAGAAUGCUAUAGAAUGUACAGCUAUACUAACAGGCCAGGGUUAAAUUCUUGGCAGGGCAAGCAGAAGGGUGGCGAGGAAUGGUGAGAAAUAUUAACCUUGGAAAAGCGUCAAUAAAUAUCUCAACGUAUAUUAUCUGUCCCAGUGGCAAUGCCAUUAAAUCAUCAUUGUUAGCAUUGUUUUGAGGGGUGAACUCACCUGGAUGACCAGGGAGCCUCUGAUUUGCAAAGAAAUUUUUAUCUUUAUGUGUGCCCACAUUUAUGUAUGUGCAUUUGCAUGCUGAUUCCUGCUGAAGCCGGAAACUGUUAGAUUCCCUGGAGUCGGAGUUACAGGAGGCUUUGAGCUGCCUCCUGUGCGUGCCGGAACUAAAUGAGUUCUCUGAAGGAGCAGGGAGCACUUUUAACAAUGCAGCCACCUCUUCUGACUUUCUCCUGCUUCCUAAAAUGAAACGCAGCUAGCUUUCAAACUACUCUUCAGCUUUUAAAAGCAACCUAUUGGCCAGUGUGAGCUGUGCAGAAUUGCCACAGAUGUUAUGGGCUGUUCAGAAAGGAUCCCGUUACAGGUUUAAAACAACUUGCUUCUGCUGGACAAUGUUAACCACGGUGCUCUGUGUUCUAAAGGGAUCCCACAGUAACACAUUGUAAAGUUUCUCUCUCUCUCCUCCCUCCACUUCUCUCUCUCCGUGGUUAUGUAUUUGUGAGGACUGAGGUCAGUGUUGGGUAGGUUUUUUUGACAGUCUCUCAGCAAACCCUGAGUUCAUUGGUUUGGCUAAUCGGCCAGGGAGCCUCAAAUACCCACCCGUGUCCACUGCUCAGUUCUGGAGUUAAUGUGCUUCCACACCUUACCAUUAUGCGUGGACUCUGGGGUUCCAAAGUCUCAAGCUCGUGUGGCAGGCAUCUUACAAACUAAGCGAUCUUCUCAGCAGAAAAUAAAAUGAACAAAUAUA